AUGGAAUGCUAUCUGGCCACGGCAAGGGGAAUUGUGGUGCAACAGAAAUCAGAUGCUGCAAUCCCAGUGACAACACUGUCACCACCUGAAGGCAACACUACGUUCAUUGAUGGCACAACUUGGUGCGUGGCUCUUGCUGGUGUUUCCCAAGGUGACUUGCAGAAUGCCCUUGAUUGGGCUUGUGGACUUGGAAUGGCGAAUUGCAAAGCCAUCCAAAAGGGUGGACCAUGUUUUGAACCUGACACACUAGUUUCUCAUGCAUCCUUUGCUUUCAAUAGCUACUAUCAGACAAAUGGUAAUUCUGAUAUUGCAUGCAAUUUUGGAGGCACUGCUGCUUUGACCAAACGUAACCCCAGUUAUGGAAAAUGUGUUUAUUCUACAUCUGGAUCUCUAGUUGCUUCUGCACCACCUUUGUUGAGGAAGCAUAGCCAAAGCCUUGUUUGGUCGAAACUUCUUGUCGUGUUACUGGUUUCAAACUUUUGGAUGUGA